CGACCGGAAAAGUUUAUGGAAGAAGCUCGAUACUUGUUAAACAGAAUAGAUUUGGAUGGAAUGGAAUUGGAUUACGACGGAGACAACACGACGUUUAUUCUUCCAAUUUUAAAGAGUUUGCAAUCUAAUGCGAGUAACAAGACUAUUACUAUGUCUCUGUCGGCCAAACUGCUAAAUUCUACCCAAUACGAUAAUCUGAAACUUCUUACAAGAUAUUUGGAUAUGGUUGUGAUACAGCCAAUUUUCUAUUCGUAUGCAAAAGUUAAGAGCAAAGAAGAUUUUAGAAGGAUUUCGGACCUGGAAACUCUUGCUUCCGUCAUUGAUGAUGUAUUGAGUUGGGGAGUUCCUAGAAGUAAAAUUUUAGUGACGCUUUCCACUUUUGGUAUCCGAACGGAACUUGAUCCUUCCCUCGGAAGAAUUAAAUCGUCAAUUCGUGUUCCAUACACAGAGAUUUGCAUAGACAGAAGAAACAAAAAUUGGACAUUGCAAAGAGAAAUGGAUCAAACGUCGCCUUUCAUUGCAAAUGGAAACAUUAGACAAGCAUUUGACGAUGAGAUAAGUUUAAAACUUAAAAGUAAGUACAUUUUACUGAGAAAACUUGGAGGAGUGCAAAUAUCCAGCAUUCAUGAAGAUGACCAUAGUAAUUUCUGUAAAGGAGGGCAUUAUCCACUUAUUAGGAGCAUUUACCAAGUCAUGAUGGGUGUAAAAUCAAACAAAAGUUCAAUAGAUAAUCUGAAAGAAUAUAUGGAACCAUCCGAAACUAAAACCUUUUUAAAAAGGUCUGGCAUAGCAGCUCCAUAUGACAGAGAUUUAGAAUGUACCAGAGAAGGUUAUUAUCAAAAUCCAUUUGACUGUGGUAAAUUUUAUCGUUGUGUGAAGUUUCACCAAUUUUCCGAUGACUUUACUGUAUUUCAUUAUGAAUGCCCACACGGGUUGGUUUUUGACGAGAGAUAUGAAGUCUGCAAUUGGCCCUCUUGGUCUGAACAAUGUGCUGGAUCUGGAGAAGUAGUGGAUGUUCCGAAAAAUAAAUUUGUUUGUCCUGGUGUGGGAUACUUUCGUGACAGAGAGAACUGUCGUUGGUUUUACUACUGUUCCGAAUUUUAUUAUGAUAAUGGUGUACCUUCAGCUUAUGAAUUUAAAUGUCCAUACAAUCUGGCUUAUGAUGAAGAAAAACAUAUUUGUAAUUGGAGAUGGCUUGUACCAGGUUGUGGAUAUGAAACUUCUGCAAAAUGGAAUUCACAGAAUCCUUUUCCUCCAAAAGAACUGGGUGUUAUUUAUGAAAAACCUAAAGGGACUUUACCUGUUGAUCCUGAUUUUGAAAAGUUCUUACAAAAACCUGAAAAAGAACCUAUUUUACCAAUUGAUCCUGACUUUGACAAGUUUCGUCAAAAACCCGAAAAGGAACCUAUUAUUCCUGUUGAUCCUGAGCUUGAUAAACUGAUAUAUGAUAAACCUGAUAAAAUACCUGUAAUAUCUAUAGAUGAUGACGUUGACAAACUAAUUCACUUUUCAAAACAAAACAAACCACGCCCAGAACCUUUACCAGAACAAAAACCAGAUCCAGAACCAUUACCAGAACCUAAACAUCCUAAUCUAGAAAUUGAUGAAAUUAAAGGAUUUAAUCCAGGUUCAUAUGACGAUGGAAUCGGAAAGUUGCGUCCGCCACUUCCUGAACCCAUUAAGGAAGUUAAACCUCCUUUAAAUCCUUUAUAUGGAAUUCCUGAUCAGCACCAUUGGGCUACACCACAUCAUUAUCCAAAUAGUCAUCACUUUGAUUAUCAUUCAAACAGACCUUCUUCACAUUCACAUUCUUCAUCAUGGAAGCCUUUUGAUAGAUUGAGAAACAUGUUUCAUGGACUUUUUGGCCUAAUCACUAAUGGUGGUCCUAUAUCUUUCAAGACACUCUUUAGCCAUGGUCCACUUUCUCAUCUCUCAAAGUUAAUUUCAAAUCAGUAUUCUGGUGGUAUCUUAACAAUACCUCUUUUGGAAGAAAAACCUCCAGUACAACCACCUGUUAAUAUUUUUAUCAUCAAUAAUGGCAACAAAUUUGAAAGAAUUUCACCCCACCUGCUUACACCUGGAAAACUACAAUAUGAAUCACUUAUUAAAGAUAUCCGUCCUCCUUCAGAACCUAUUGUUUUGAAACAAGUGCCUCCAGAACCUGCUAUUUCUAAAGAACCUCCUCCUCCUCCCCCUCCUGAACCAGUUAUUCCACAAGAGCCUCCUCCACCACCACCUCCUCCCGAACCAGUUGAACCAGAGCCUCCUAUUGUUGAUAAAUUUUCUCCUGUCAAAGCAAAAUUUCCUCUACCUGAUGAUCCAGAACCUCCUAUUGAAGAAAUAACUCCUCCAAAGAGACCUGAAAAGCAAAUCUAUUAUGGUCCUCCAGAUAUACUGCCACUGCCACGUAGACCUGACCCAGAAAAAUCUAUUGAUUCACCUCUACCUCCACCACCGCCACCGCCACCACCUGAGGAUAGUGGAGAUGUGUGGCAAAGACCUAUAAAAUAUUAUAAUCAUGGUUUCAAAGACUCUCCUGAGAAAGUACUUCCAGACCCUGAACCAAUUCCAGAUUUUGUUCCAAAAUCUUUUAAACCAAGUAAGUAUGAUGAUGAUUGCAAAGAUGUACCUCCUUACAAACAAAGGGAUAGAGAGUUACCUCCAGGCACACAAUAUAAAUUUGAAAAAUAUGAAGAAAUACGUCCACCACCACAGAGACCUGAAUCAGAAAUCAAAUCUCAUUUUCGUAGACCUGAUCUAGAUUCUGAAAUUAUACCACCCAAACACAAAUUUUAUGAUCAAGAUGACUUUAAACGUCCAUAUUUCCGACCAGAUCCAGAAUCUAAAGAUGUAUCACGGCCCGAUUUCAGACCAGAUCCAGAGCAAAAAGAAAUAUCACGACCAUAUUUCAGACCAGAUNAUCCUUUUGAUAGAUUGAGAAACAUGUUUCAUGGACUUUUUGGCCUAAUCACUAAUGGUGGUCCUAUAUCUUUCAAGACACUCUUUAGCCAUGGUCCACUUUCUCAUCUCUCAAAGUUAAUUUCAAAUCAGUAUUCUGGUGGUAUCUUAACAAUACCUCUUUUGGAAGAAAAACCUCCAGUACAACCACCUGUUAAUAUUUUUAUCAUCAAUAAUGGCAACAAAUUUGAAAGAAUUUCACCCCACCUGCUUACACCUGGAAAACUACAAUAUGAAUCACUUAUUAAAGAUAUCCGUCCUCCUUCAGAACCUAUUGUUUUGAAACAAGUGCCUCCAGAACCUGCUAUUUCUAAAGAACCUCCUCCUCCUCCCCCUCCUGAACCAGUUAUUCCACAAGAGCCUCCUCCACCACCACCUCCUCCCGAACCAGUUGAACCAGAGCCUCCUAUUGUUGAUAAAUUUUCUCCUGUCAAAGCAAAAUUUCCUCUACCUGAUGAUCCAGAACCUCCUAUUGAAGAAAUAACUCCUCCAAAGAGACCUGAAAAGCAAAUCUAUUAUGGUCCUCCAGAUAUACUGCCACUGCCACGUAGACCUGACCCAGAAAAAUCUAUUGAUUCACCUCUACCUCCACCACCGCCACCGCCACCACCUGAGGAUAGUGGAGAUGUGUGGCAAAGACCUAUAAAAUAUUAUAAUCAUGGUUUCAAAGACUCUCCUGAGAAAGUACUUCCAGACCCUGAACCAAUUCCAGAUUUUGUUCCAAAAUCUUUUAAACCAAGUAAGUAUGAUGAUGAUUGCAAAGAUGUACCUCCUUACAAACAAAGGGAUAGAGAGUUACCUCCAGGCACACAAUAUAAAUUUGAAAAAUAUGAAGAAAUACGUCCACCACCACAGAGACCUGAAUCAGAAAUCAAAUCUCAUUUUCGUAGACCUGAUCUAGAUUCUGAAAUUAUACCACCCAAACACAAAUUUUAUGAUCAAGAUGACUUUAAACGUCCAUAUUUCCGACCAGAUCCAGAAUCUAAAGAUGUAUCACGGCCCGAUUUCAGACCAGAUCCAGAGCAAAAAGAAAUAUCACGACCAUAUUUCAGACCAGAUUCAGAGCAAAAAGAAAUAUCACGACCAUAUUUCAGACCAGAACCAGAACCUGAGCAUAGACCAAGACAAAAUUUCAGACCAGAACCAGAACCUGAGCAUAGACCAAGACAAAAUUUCAGACCAGAACCAGAACCUAAGCAUAGACCAAGACAAAAUUUCAGAUCAGAACCUAAAGAUAUUUCAAUAUUUGAAAAAUAUCAAACUUACAGACCUAGACCUGAAACAUUUGGUGAUAUUCCUCCAAGGAAUAGAGAUACUGGAUAUCAAAAUUUUAAAGAUAGACCCAAUAUAAAAGAGAAACCAGACUUUGAAGAAAUUCCACCUGAAUUAGCUAAAUAUAAAUAUAAAUCAAUUCCUGACAGAGUGCCAAACAGACCAGAAACAGAUGACGAUGACGACUAUAAUUCACGCAAGAAAAAUUCUCCAUAUAAAGGACGCGACGAUCCUAAGUUUGAGAGCAUAAACGAACUUGGACCGAAGUUUGAACUUGAUUAUUACUCUAAAACAGCUUGUACGAGACCAGGACUUUUUCGCCAUCCAGACAGUUGUUUUAAAUUUUACGAAUGUUAUUGGGACAAGUGGAUUAAUAAAUUUACCCUGCAUAUGUUUGACUGUCCAAUCAGACUCGUAUUUGAUGAAAAAGUUUUGGGAUGUAGUUCAUCCAAAAUUAAUGUUCCUUGCAAAGGUUAAAAUAUAAAAAAAAAAACCCAAUUGAAAAUUUAUUUAUUUUCUUGUAAAUAUUGUACUUUUUGUC